UUAAAAAGGAGUAUUAUGGCAGAAAAAAGGCAGAAAAAAUUUUAAACAACAAUCAAUACAGCUGAAAUUUUUUUAUUAACCUCAAUAGUGUCAAAAAUUUAACACGGAUUUAACUAUUAAACGCAAUUCACACACGACCUAAGUAAUAAAGAAAAUGGUUAAAUUAUCUAUCUAUAAAGAAUGAAGAAAUGCCUCCGUUACAAAUAAAUAAUUGAGUGCCGUUUUUGGUUGAUUUUCUUUUGUUUGGGGUUGUUUAAUCUUUAAGAGCUAUAGUAUGGAAUGCGUUUGCGUUGGCAAAAAUAUUGAUUCGUUCGGUCAGAUGGAAUAUUGUGUUAAGUGCAAACAUAAGUGAUUUUAAAACAAAUAAAGUGCAAACAUAUCUUUUGCAUAUAAUUUUAAGUGUUAUUUGAUGCUCUCUGAUGUUUGUUUAAAGAUAAGAUGGUCGUCGGUUUUAAAAGAAGUGCUUUAAACAACGGUUCUCCCCUUGGCUCAAAAAAUAUUAAUUUUUUAAAGAGUUCCCAAAAAUUAAUUCAGUCAAAUGCAGUUAAUACUAAUACGUCAUUAACAAAUACUAACAUAACUGUGCUAGAAUUGAACUCAAAUUUAACUGCUUUCUUUAAACAUGAAGAAAUGGCAACAACAACUCACACAACCACCAAACAGGAUAUAGCUGCAUUACCCGCACAAACUGUUGCCACAUUUGUAAUUAACAAUAAACGACCAACGAUAAUUAUAUAUCCCACAGUUUCUCCAGAAUCAGUCGUUAUUCCGAUUGUUUCAUGCAUCCUAGGAUUUCCUUUAUUGGCCUUACUUGUUAUAUGCUGCUUGCGGAGGCGCGCUAAACUAGCGAGAGAGCGCGAUCGACGACGAAACUACGACAUACAGGACCACGCCGUUAGUCUGGUCAGAUUUAGUCCAAUUCAUAGGCUUAAUAACAGAUCCUCGCGAGUUAUCAGCUUACGCCCUGAGCGAAGCUUGAGCCAUGGUUUUCCAUCACUGGAACUGGACACUGUGCUAGAAGAACGAAGUGACGUUGAACAAACUCAAACAGAAAUAUUUAAUUCAGACUCUCCAGUCGAAUCAACAUCACAGCACAAUUCAUGUUCCAGCUAACACCUACUACAUGCAAUGACCGCCAAUAACAGUAGAAUAAGUAGUAGUAAAAGUAGUAGUCCUUUAACUUAUUUUGUUGAAAAAAGUAAAUUAAAAAAUAGCAACGACCAUUCGAUAAAAGAACCGAAGCAGAGAACCUUACAUUCUGACUCAAUACUUGGUGGUUCACCAUUGUGGACAACACUGACCCAUGCGCAGACAAUCAGUGAGUUUUCCAAUGAUUGUUUAUAACACUCAACAAUGUGAUUAUCAAGGAUAUGGAAACAUCUUCAUGCAACGAUAAAAUGGAGAAUGUAUAUCUGUACAUAUUAAUAAUUAUUAUUGAAUUCACAUACUUAGUUAAAUAAUAAUAAAAAAAAAAAACAAGACCAACUCUGAA